AUGGGGAAGAAGAAGCGUCAGCGGUCUGAGAGUUUCCAAGGUAAAGAGAAUGACGAGAAGAAUGCGCGUAAACGAUUAAAAGCUUUUCAUGCAAAGGUAUUUGAGUUACCACUUGAGACUAUGCCUGAAAUGUCUCAUGAAACACCUUGCGUAGUGCUUAAGACGAAACACAAGAAGAAUGUUACAGGUAAACGAGACGCCAUAGACGAUGGAGAAGUUGUACCAAUUGUGAAGUUUAAUGUAAUGAAGAAGCAGCAAAAUAAAGUGAAGAAUACUGUCAAGGAUAAUGAAAAGAAGAAGAAGAAGGAGGAGAAGAGGAUGAUGAUGGAUGUAGCAAUUGUAAAGACUCGAGAGAUGUCCAAGAGUAAGGAGAAAAAGACCGAGAAAAGGAUGACACAGGCGAGUACGAAUGAGCAUUUGACGACAAAGAAGAAUAAGCAGCAGAAUGCUACAGGUUUGAUGAUAAAGAAGACGAAACAAGUGCAGACAGGUGGAGAGCAGGUCUUGCAAUUGCAUUCAAUGCAAACGGAUGACGCACAGCAUGAUGAUGGAGUAGAGGCAGUGAAAAUUAUGGACGAGAUUGCGACGUGUCAGGUGGACACGUCGUUGCAUAACAAGCACAAGACGGUGACUGGUAAGACAGUUGCUGGUCCAAAGGUGGAAAAGCUGAAAAAGAAUGUGGAAGCUGCUGAAAAGGAGGGUCUUGUGACACAAGCAGUGGUAAGUGAUAAUGGUGGCAAUGAAUUACCGAAAAAGCUUAUGACAAAGCCGAAAAAAAGAAAGAAAAAAUUGCGGAAACAAGCUACUGAAGAGGCUAAAGACAAGAAACAUGUUGACGAUCGGGUAAUGCAUGUCGAUAAAGAUGAAACUAAUUUGUCGGGUAGCAAAAACACGGGUGCAGCGCUGAGAGAGAACGGCUCCUUGACAGCUGCUAUAUCCACCACACCGUCAUCAAAAUCUUCCGCAAAGCGAAAAAAUCGUUCGAAAGUGGCUACGACGACGAGCAGCGUAUUACCCACGGUACAUGCUUCUGUGCAGCCUAGUGAAGACACGGCACUCACUGUUUCUAGUAUCCCAGAAAAGCAACUCGGGAGCGAUGCAGCAAAGUGCGUAAACAAAGUUGUGCCCAAGAUUACUGAAAAAGUGCGAGAAAAGAAAGCCAAAACUGGUAGCAAGUCUGCUGCAGCACGUUCUACGAAGGCAGGCUCGAAUGACGAAAAGAAUACUGCAGAAUCGCCAACAUCCUUAACGCCGAUUGCGGCUUCUCUCGUUAAGGCAGCAAAGAAGAAGAAGAAUGACAUGUUUUUGUCCAAACAAGAAGAAACGUCACGUCAAUCUCCAGUUUCCUCGAAACGCAUAGAGAAAGCUGCAAUACUCCAAGUUGCGGAUGAAGUUUCGUCAGAAAGCGAAGACGACGGUAAAUCUGAUUCUGACCAUUCCGAUGGGGAUAAGAUGUCAUUAUUUUCACGUCUCAUCGAUUCAGCUGCACGAGAGCAAUGGCAGCUUGUGGAAGUUGGUCGACUAGUUCGGCUCUUUGCUGCGGAAUGGGAUUUUAAAGGAAGCAAGACAGCACGAUUCUUGUGUAAGACUUGCCCUGAACUGGUUAACGUCGAUUUUGUAGAAGGCUUGGGUGUGAGCUUGUCCGCAAAGCAGCUUGUCCAAGUUUUUGAAGCUGGGUCGGGAAAUUCUAGAGUGCUGAUGAACAAACUGGCGUCUGCUGUGGAAAACGGCGAUUUGAGCGUGCGCGAUCCAGCCUUUGUCUCGGCGCUAGAGCAACGUGUCGCGCUUAUGGAGUCGAACGCUGAAGUGAUGGAGUUACUGUAUCCGCUGUUAGAGAGUUUGUCCACAGUGCGUGAUGUCAGUUAUUUGAUAAAGCAGCUGUGUGAACACUGGCAAUUAGAGCGUAAAAUUGCUCUGGUGCAGCAAGUGUUACUGUCGAGCGUAUUUGAUGAUCUAGACGGCAAUCAGGAUGACAUUCUUUUAGACUUGCCUGACCUUACCGGGCGACUGGACUUUCCGAGCCGUUUGGAUCAGGAAGACGUCGAUGAGAAUGGAAACCUGAAAGGAUUUCUUGCCAACGACGAUAGUGACUGUGACGAAGAGGGGGAGCUUAAAGAAGAUAUAGACGCAGAUGCCAGUGAAGACGACGAGGACUUGCACGAUGAUGAGACUGAUUCAGAGGAAGAAGUUGAGAUCUCAGGUCGAUCUUGGGGCCGCAAUCAGUUUAUUGAAGAUGAGGCGGAUGUCGGUGACGAAGACGACGACGUAGAUGAGGAAGAGCGCCUUGAUGAUGAUGCGUCGUCUUCAACUAACACCGACUGA